AUGGCGUCAAGCCCGAACGUCUCGCUGUCGCGACUGCGCCUCUUCCUCGCGCCCCAUGCGGGUGCACCGCCGACGGACCGCCCCGAGAGCCCGCGGCGUCAGACGCUCGCGUCGCCCUCGUCCGACUCGGUCGCGACGGUCACGGCCCUGAACCCACUCACAAAGGAGUUCCAGCGCGUCCGGUACCUCUUGCAGGCGUCGCUGCCCGGGUACCGCGUGCCCGACGACGACGUGAUGAUCUGGGACAUGCAAAACCCGGCGCUCUCGGCGCAGUAUGAGCAAGCGACCGGUGGCUUGCUCGAGCUCGACUCGUGGGUCGCGGUCGAGGACCUCGGGCCGUCGAUUGAGCAAGUGUACUCGUACGGCUUCCACGCGCCCCACGAAGCGUCGCAUGCGAUGAAGCUCACGACCGGCAACAUCACCAUGGACCAGCCGGGCAAAAAGGGCAAAAAGCAAUAUGUGCUCUGCAAGGUCGCCACCGGACGCUCCAUGGUCAUUGAGGACGAGGCGAUGGCCGCGCAGCCGCUGCCGCCCGGCUACGACAGCUACUACAUUGUGCCCAAGGCGCCUCGCACCACGGGCUACUGCCACGAGUACAUUGUGACCAACACGCAGCAGAUCUUGCCGCAAUACCUCGUGCGCUUUGGGUACCAAUGGAUGGAUCCCAAGCUGCGCCAGCGCCUCUGCGCGCUCUGCGAGCUGCUUCCGGCCGCUGUCGCAUGCCGUUGCUGCGAAGCCGAGCUCUGCGCGGCCUGCGACCACGACACGCACGCCGCCAACAAACUCAUGAGUCGACACGCGCGCACACCACUGUCGAUUGACGCUGCGCGACCGACGACGUACGUGGGUCAGAACGCGCUCCACGACACCAAGCACGUCGAGUUUUACUGCCCCGUCUGCGCCGUCCCCGUCUGUGUCAAUUGCAAGAUGGUCGGCGACCACUCGUGCGGCGAGAAGGGGCUCCACCGCCUCAUUAGUAUCCCGGACGCGUACGAGCAGAGCUUGAAAGAGUCCAACAAAGUGGACCCACUCGUCGAGUCGCGCAAGAUGCUCAUUGGAACGAGGCUCGGACACAUUACCGAGCGCGUCAACGACGUCAAGCGCAACCGCGAUGCUGUCGAGAUGCUGCUUCGAAGUACACUCGACGCAGCCUUGGCCACGCUCGAGGCCGAGACCAGCGCCAAGCUCCGCGUCCUUCGCUGCGAAGAGCUCGAGCUCUCUCGCCAGGUCCAGCAGAUCGCGUGGGCCGACGAGUUCCUCGCCCUUCAGCGGCAGACGCUCCCGCCCGUCGCGUUCUUAAGUGCGUGGCACGAACACAAGCCGCUACGCAUCGAGCAGCGCGACUUUCCUGUCGCGAACGCGCCGUCGUACGAAAGCGUCAAACCCGAUCUCCAGCUUGUGGGCCGCCUUCGCGUCAUCGCGGGCGAGUACCAUGAGGACGCGUCAUCGUCGGUGCUGGUGCCGCCGCACGUCGACGCGCUCGACGUGGGUCUCGUCUUGUCGCCGAAAGGCAAAAAGGUCAUUGAAGACGUCCGGAAAGAUCUGCUGCAACAGCCAAUGCGCAUCCUCCCUCGUGACGUGGCACCACCUAAGGCCGGCCACGCAAUCACGGCCACGCUGCGUGGUAUUUCGGUCAACCAGCGGAAGGUUUCGCACGUCGUGUCGGCGCGCCAUGAGAUUUGGACGACCAAGUUGCGCCAGGAAAUGGCCCAACUCCACCCGCCGCCGCCACCGGCUAGUACGUGA